ACACAGCUAGCGUCGGCAUAACAAUAUUCCCUCCAUACUUUAGCAUCUUUAUGUAUUUGGAAUUUUAUAAUUAUUUUAUUAAAAAUUGUUGACGCAUUUGUACAGUUUAUUUGUUUAAAUUCAACAUGCGAAAAAUAUCCAAAAGUCGCGCAGAUGAUGAUGUAAUAUCAUCUACUAAUGGAUCAGUGGCUAAUGAAGAAAAUAUAGAUACGGACGCACAAAAUGUAUCAAAAGAGAAAGAGGGUACAGAAACUAAUGAUAGUGCUGAAGAAAAUAGUGACGAUCGAUCUGACACUCCAAAAAGAAAAUCAUUGAAAGCAAAAUCUAAGAAGAGGAAAUCUGAUAAGCAGAACAAAAUUUAUGCACGAAAUGAGGAAUAUGAGAAAGAUGAUACAGAAACCAAUGAAAGUAUUGAAGAAAGUAGUGAUGGUCGAUCUGACAACAUUUCUAAACGAAAAUCACUGAAAUCAAAAUCAAAGAAGAGGAAAUCUGAUAAACAGAACAAAGCUGAUGCACAAAAUGAGGAAUAUGAGGUGGAACAAGUGGUGGAUUCCAAAAGAAUCAAAGGAAAAUUACAUUACCUGAUACGCUGGAAAGGAUACUCUGCUGACAGUGAUACUUGGGAACCUGAGAACACAUUGUCUUGCCCAGAUCUUAUCAAUAAAUAUCACGAUGAGAAAGAAAAUUCAAAAUCUAAAGAGACUAAAUCACCUAAAAAAAAUAUUAAAAGAAAAGGAAAGAAAGAAACCAAAGUGGUCGCAAAGAAACCAAAAAAUGAGUGGAACAGUGAAAAUGCUGAUGAAAAUGCUGAAUAUGAGGUUGAUCGAAUUUUAGAAGUGCACCAUAAGAAAAAUGGUAAACGAGAAUUUCUUAUUCAUUGGAAAGGAUGGUCAACUAAAUUUGACUCUUGGGAGCCUGAAAGCAACUUGAAUUGUCCUGAAUUAAUUAAAAAGUUUAUGGAUAAGGUUGGUGUUGCACGUUCAAGUGAUUCGCGUAAUUUACGAGUGGCGCCCGAAACUACAAAUCGUUUCACAUUACAAGACCCAUCUUCAGGCCGCAGGCUGAGCAAACGUCGUGGCCAACGUCAACGAGUUCGUUAUGAUAACGCUGAAUAAAGGAUUUCUUGAAUUUAGUUCAUAUACAGACUAUUUUAUAGGUUUAAUUUUACCAAAAAUUCAUGAUUGUGAAUUGAUUAUGGUGUUAGUCGAUUGUCACUAAAUUUAAGGAAUUAUUAGAGUUUAUUUCCCUGUGUUUGAGUUUUAUAAUUGCUUUUUAUAUUUAUAUAAGAAAGUAGUUGUCUAUGUCUAUUAGUUUUAAAGUUAUAAGUAUAAUACAUAAUAAUAUACAAUGAAUAUCAAUGUCCAGUUAGGUCUACCAGUCGUAUCUUUCACCAAAAGAUUGUAUUGUAAUUGAAUUUUUAUUAGAGUUGCAAGCAUUUAAUGAUGUAUGUUUAUAUG